AUGAAGGCCUUCUCGGUUGCAUCCGCCGUCCUCUCGGCGGCAUCGUUCGCUGCUGGCCACAUGCAGAUGAAAUCGCCUCCCUCUCUUCGGUCGAGUUUCAACAAGUUCACAACCGAUGUGGACUACGACAUGACGAGUCCCUUGAGCUCCAGUGGUUCCAACUUCCCGUGCCGCAACAGCCUCGAACUCCUCGGCACCGCUCAGGGCAAGCCUGUUGAGGAAUGGACUGCUGGUCAGAAACAACAAAUGACCAUCACCGGAGGGGCUCCCCACUCAGGAGGCAGCUGCCAGGCCAGCAUGUCCUACGACAAGGGCAAAACCUGGACAGUGAUCAAGUCCUGGCAAGGGAAUUGCCCUUCCGGCGCCGGAGACACCGUCUCGGACUUCAUGUUGCCCGCCGACGCCCCGGCCGGUGAGGCCUUGUUCGCCUGGUCUUGGUUCAACAAAGUCGGAAACCGCGAGAUGUACAUGAACUGUGCCGUCAUCACCGUCAAGGCCGGUCAAGGCAGCGAGAGCGUCAGCAGCACUACACCGUGGAGUUCGCGUCCCGAGAUGUUCGUCGCCAACGUCGGCAACGGCUGCUCGACUGUCGAGGGAACUGAUUUGAAAUUCCCCAACCCCGGCCCGGAUGUUGAAACGUCGACGGCGAAAAGCCUCAAGCUCGGUGAUGCCGUUGGAAAAUGCCAAAAGCCAGCUCCUGGCGCUGACAAGCCAACCACGCCGUCUCCCAACCCACCAUCCGGGCCCGGCGCUGGCACCAAGUUGCCCGGCGAUGAGAACAAGCUGGUCUUGCCUCCGUCCACCACGAGCAAAGUCAAUGAGCCGCCAUUCCCAACUCUGGACCCUUCAUCGCCUCCCUCCAACGGCAACAACACCGUCCCUUCGGCGGCUCCACCCACCACGCUCCAGACGUCGACUACUCCUACUCCAACCCCGGGCACGCCCGCUCCUGGCGGCGACCGCAAGACCUGCACACCAGGUGCCUAUGAAUGCACUCCUGAUAACAAGGGCUGGCGAGUAUGCACCGUGCUCAAGAGCUGGGUGCUCGCGGGUCAAUGUCCCGAUGGAACCGUCUGCCAGGUCAACAAGCAAAACAAGACGCCUUACUGCCUUGCGAAGGCUGGUUCCUUCCGGUACAGUAGCUUCCGGCCAGCUCAGAACUAG